UUGUUGCUGGUCCGAUUAUAACCGCAGGUAUAUUUAAUUGUUAUUGAGGCUGGUUAGAUCGUAAUCCGUACAACUCCGGCUAUUGUUUUCGUGAAUGAGGUUAUUUCCGGGAGCACAUGUGCAGUGGCUUCACCAGGCACUGUGAAGUAGACGUGGCAACACACGACGUCAUCAAAGUGUGUCCGUCGUUACUGAGCUAGCCGAGCGAGCAGUGCAGAUAUAAGGCUGAGAAGAUGAUGGAAGAGAGUGGGAUUGAGACUACACCACCCACCAGUCCGACACCUCCUCCCAGUGCGGCUUCCACAGUCAGUGCCCCACUGACAGUAGGUCUUUCCAGCCCACUGUCCCUCCCCAGCACAAUAUCUAUGCCCACUGGUUCCCCCUCUGUCUCCACCACCCUUCCUCCUAUUCAUUCCUCACCUGCCUUUAGCAGCCCCCUUGGCCCAGUACCUUCCCAGGCCUCCCAGUUUGCCCCUCCCCCCACAGUUGCUGCCGCCCUCACAAGUGGCGCUCCCUUCUCUGGCCCGCCUCCCUCGAUACCACUCCUGGCCUCUCCCAUCAGACCCCCACCCUCAGGCCCUGUCAUGUCACCGCCUCCAGUCGGCCCACCCAAGUCCACCUUCUCCAUGAGCGCAGGAUAUGACAUCACACGGGGCCAUGCUGGGCGAACACCGCAGACGCCUCUCAUGCCUUCUUUCUCCAGCCCAACCCCCAUGCCAGGUGUGGUUUCCAAUCCUAUGGUUCAACAGCCGGUGAUGUCAGGAGGCCUAGACACUGGGUCGCCGAUUACUUUCCCCGAGGAGCAAGAAGAUCCCAGAGUUUCUGGAGAUAACAAUGCAGGUGGAGGCAUCUGGGGCUUCUUCAAGGGUGUGGCAGGGAAUCCGAUGGUGAAGACGGUCCUGGAUAAAACCAAGCACUCUGUUGAGUCCAUGAUCACCACUCUGGAUCCUGGCAUGGCGCCUUACAUUAAGUCUGGUGGGGAUGUCGAUAUUGUGGUGACUUCAGACAAUGAGAUGAAGGUGGAAGCAGUCAGAGAUGCCUUUCAGGAGGUGUUCGGUAUGGCCAUGGUCACUGGAGAGCCUGGUCAGUCCAACAUCGCCCCACAGCCUGUGGGUUAUGCAGCCGGCGUCAAGGGAGCUCAGGAGCGAAUCGACAGCUUGCGUCGAGCCGGUGUGAUCCAUGAGAAGCAGCCAGUGGUCUCUGUGGAGAAUUUCAUCGCAGAGCUCUUUCCUGAUAAGUGGUUUGACAUUGGCUGUUUGAUCCUGGAGGACCCUGGUUUGGGCAUCCAUAUUGAGAUGUUCACCCAGACGACGCCCGUGGCUCUGGAACACGUGCAGCAGGCUCAGUCCCUGACCCCUCCCGACUACAGCCUGCGCUGGUCAGGUCUGCUGGUCACGGUCGGCGAGGUCCUGGAGUCCAGCCUGCCCAACAUCAACCGGACAGACUGGCAUCGGGCCAUCACUGGCAUGAACCAGCGCCAGAUGUUCCAGAGCGCUGCCAAGGCUCUGGCUGGCAUCUAUAAACAGCAGCUGCCACCCAGGACUGCGUGAAAUUUCACUGGCUUGUCACUUUCUACCACAAACUGAGAGAACAGGUGAAUCCACGUUGAAGGUGACAUCAUUUGAUGGGAGCGGCAGGCCGGUGAAGUUCUCCAGCUCCCCAUCUGUCCUCCAUCUGGCCCUGGGAGGCGAAGCCAAAUGCACAUUUCUUGCAGUGUAUUCAUGUUUGUGUACAGAGAGAUGACAUUCCAGCGUGUUGACAGGGGAUUAACGACAUACAACAAACCAAAAUUGAUUUCAGAUUUUUUUUUUUUUUUGUCAGCUUAAAUGAAAACUUAACCAUUAAUAGAAAAUUUCUUUAUCCUCUUUUCUAAGAUCACUAGACAUUGUGUAUGUUAAUAUCAGUACCUUUCAAAGAUUAUUGUUUGUGCUUUAAGUUGUGUUACAAGUAUGUCAGUAAUGUACAUGUCUUCUGUUUAUUAAUGCAAAUGGUUAUUGAAGAGACUAUAUGGACUUGAAUAAUCCCAGCCGGCACUGGCUAACAUUCAGCGUUUAAAUUUGGUUGAAAUAAUGUCAGUUGAAGAAAAGACAUUGUUUGGAAACAACGUAUAGAAAUGGUUCAAGGCUUAAUGGUUUAUAAAAUGUUGAUAAAAUACUGAUAAAUCAAUGUUGAACUUGUCACAAAAGCUGUACACUGAAUCAACAUAAUGUAUUCAACCACAUAUGAAAUGUAAAAUUCUGUCUUUUGAACUAUUAUUAUCAUUGUAAUUGUUUUGGAUGCCCAGUGGUGUACUGUGUAGAGUGAAAAGCAAGGUUAACAUAUAGUCAAUGUUGAAAAAUAAUACGUUGGGAAAAAAACAAAAAAAACAUUGUGGUUUCAAUGUUGAUUCAUUUUGCCAAACGGAAACCAAAUUCAUCAGUGAUUCAUGAUGACCCACGAUGCUGAUUCACAUGUUACUAAAUGUUAAAAGGCCGGCUGGGAUCUGUAGUGUCAAAACGAUUUUGAAACAGAAUGGGUGGCAUGAUAAUUUCAAUAGAUUGUUGUGAUUUAGAUGUAAUGUAUUGGUUGGAAAAAAAAAAAAAAACAAGUGUCACUUUUGUAUUCACUCUAGCCUGUUGUAUCUCACAGUAGCUCACAACCAUUGUGCUUUAUGUAUGCACUCUGCAAGGAAAAACAUUUUUACUCAUGAGCAGUAGCAGGGGGAUGCAAAAAGAACACAACCCAGAGUGAUGAGGGAUGUUGUUUAAAAGGCAAUCAGAUUAUUUAAUGCUGCUACAGGCAGUUGGACACUGCCAGAAACACAGCAGGGGACACUACAUGCAGAUUAUAGAGGAAACUGUAAAUUGUUUGAGAGAAAAACCAGAAACUGUUCUCAACCAUUUUUGGUGAAGAGUAAAUAGUGAUACUUCUAUGUAUCUUGUGUCUCCUAAAUGUGCCUUUUUACAGAAGUAAAAUAAAUAACUUUUUUUUUUUCAA